UGUUUCUAUCUUUUCUCAGUUUAUAUCACCAUUACUGCCUAUCUCUCUUUGUUCGAAGUUCUCACCUAUAAUAAUAAUAAACAAUAGAAAAAAAAUCCUCAAAAUAAAUUGAAAUUCUUCUUACAAGAUCCGACCAGAUCCAAACCUUCUGUUUCUCUCUGUACCUGUAAAUGUUUUUGUAUGUGUCCAUCCGUUCAUCUGUGAAUUAACUUAAACAAUUUUCUCAAUUCUUGCUCUCAAAAUUAGGGUUCCACCAAUACUUGCAUAAUCCCUCCAAUUUCCGCCUAAAUUAGAGGUUUUCCUUCCGUUGAAGUAAUGUGUUAGAUCAUGAGCUAGGUUUUUGUAUAGCAAAGUCGCAUCUUUUUUCUUUUGUAGACUUUCAAAGUGCAUGAAGAUUUGGUGCUGCUUAUGCUUCACCGAAGACGAGGAAGACGAAGAAAAGAAGAGAAUGACGCUAAUCGAUGACGAAUCGGAUGGUAGUGUCCGAAGCGACGAAGACGUGCAGAUGCAAUUUGGGCUUGAUCUGGAGAUGUUUGAUGAACCGCUACAGAGGCCGUUCCCCGACUUGAUGACCGUCUUGCGUGAGUCGGAUGACAUGGGGCCUCCUGUUAGGAGGGCUCCCAGGUGGCGCUUGCUGAGUCGCGAGACCAGGCAGUAUGAGGGGGAGAGUAGUAGUAGUAGUGGCGUAGAGAUCGGCGAUGGGGGCUCGAGUCUUGCCAUCGACGAUUUACAACAUAAGCGUGCCAAAGUGUUUUCUACUUCUCCUUCGUGUCAUUAUGGAACCGUAAGGCUUUCUGACCCUGGGUGUUCUAGUUCAUUGCGAGAAAAAAAUUGUAAUAUUAGGAUGGGGUCUUUUGCUUCUCCCGCUAAUGAAAUGUUGUACCACAAUUUUAUGUGGAACAAUGGUGGUGAUGAGAGUCAUUCUGACCCUACCAUUGGAAAUGAUGAUGGAAAUGAUGAUGGAAAUGAUAAUGGUACCUCUAGAAUGGAAGAUUUUGAAGUUGAAGUCCGGUUGGAUCUUACGGAUGACUUGUUGCAUAUGGUUUUUUCUUUCUUGGACUAUGUUGAUCUUUGUCGAGCUGCUAUUGUUUGUCGUCAGUGGAGAGCAGCUAGUGCUCAUGAAGAUUUUUGGAGAUGUUUGAAUUUUGAAAACCGAAGGAUAUCUAUAGAGCAAUUUGAGGAUGUGUGCCGGCGAUAUCCAAAUGCUACGGAAGUGAAUUUAUAUGGUGUCCAUGAUAUGCGCUUACUUGUCAUGAAAGCAGUAUUAUUAAGAAAUCUUGAAGCCUUAACUUUGGGGGGAAAUCAAAUAGGGGAUACCUUUUUCCAUGCGAUAGUGGAUUGUAGUAUGUUGAAGAGAUUGAAUGUCUAUGAUGCUAUUCUUGGUACUGGUGUUCAGGAGAUACCAAUAAAUCAUGAUCAAUUGCGUUAUCUUGAACUAAAUAAGUGCCGAAUGAUGCGUGUGUCCAUCAGGUGCCCGCAACUCGUAAAUUUGUCCUUGAAACGUAGUACCAUGGGACAGGCGGUGCUUAAUUGUCCCCUUUUGACUCUCCUUGAUAUAGCUGCUUGCCACAAGCUUUCUGAUGCAGCCAUUCGCUUAGCGGUUACUUCAUGCCCUCAACUAGAGUCUUUAGAUAUGUCAAAUUGUUCAUGUGUGAGUGAUGAAACUCUUCGUGAAAUAGCCCUCAGUUGUGCAAAUCUUUGUAUUCUCAAUUCUUCAUACUGCCCAAAUAUAUCGCUUGAGUCUGUAAGGCUCCCCAUGUUAACAGAUCUUAAGCUUCACAGCUGUGAGGGUAUCACAUCAGCGUCAAUGGCUGCAAUAUCUCAUAGUUAUAAGUUGGAGGUUCUGGAGCUUGAUAAUUGUAAAUUUUUGACUUCUGUAUCUUUGGAUCUUCCUCGUUUGCAGAAUAUAAGACUUGUACAUUGUCGGAAAUGUGUUGAAUUGAAUUUGCGGACUAUCAUGCUAUCAUCUAUAACUGUGUCAAAUUGUGCUGCUCUCAACCUCAUAAACGUUACAUCAGACUCUCUUCAAAAAUUAUCAUUGCAAAAGCAGGAGAACUUGACAACAUUGGUGUUGAAUUGCCUGAGUCUGCAAGAAGUUGACCUUACAGAUUGUGAAUCAUUAACAAAUUCUAUCUGUGAAGUGUUCAGUGAUGGUGGUGGUUGCCCCGUGUUAAAGUCUUUAGUCCUUGACAAUUGUGAGGGCUUGACAACAGUGCAGUUCUGUAGUACAUCUUUAGUCAGUCUCUCUCUUGUUGGUUGCCGUGCUAUCACAUCUCUUGAAUUAAAAUGCCCCAAUCUUGAGAAAAUUUGUUUAGAUGGUUGUGAUCAUCUUGAAAGAGCAUCAUUUUGUCCAGUUGCUCUCCAAUUGCUCAAUCUGGGUAUAUGCCCUAAGUUGAACUCACUUGUUAUUGAAGCAUCAAGUAUGUCGGUGCUUGAGUUGAAAGGAUGUGGUGUAUUGUCAGAAGCAUCCAUUAACUGUCCUCUUUUGACAUCCCUUGAUGCUUCUUUUUGCAGCCAACUUAAGGAUGAUUGCCUGUCUGCAACUACCACUUCUUGCCCACUGAUUGAAUCUUUAAUACUUAUGUCAUGCCCAUCUAUUGGUUCUGAUGGGCUUUACUCAUUGCAAUCACUUUCAAAUUUGACUAUGCUUGAUUUAUCAUACACUUUCUUGAUGGAUUUGGAGCCAGUUUUCGAGUCUUGUUCACAACUGAAGGUGUUGAAACUACAAGCAUGCAAGUAUCUCAGUGACAUGUCAUUGGAGCCUCUUUAUAAGAAAGCUUCACUUCCAGCUCUUCAGGAAUUGGACUUGUCUUAUGGGACUCUUUGCCAGUCAGCUAUCGAGGAGCUUCUUGCAUACUGUACACACCUCACCCAUGUUAGCUUGAAUGGUUGUGUAAAUAUGCAUGAUCUGAAUUGGGGUUCUAGUGGUGAUCAUCUUGUGGAAUCAACUGUAUAUAGCUCAUACCGGAUGUUUUCUCAUAAGAACGUCUAUGACUCAAUGGAGUUUCCUGAGCGUUUACUACAAAACCUCAACUGUGUAGGUUGUCCAAAUAUCAGGAAAGUUCUCAUUCCAUCCCAGGCACACUGUUUCCAUUUGUUAUCAUUGAACCUUUCCCUGUCUGCCAACUUGAAGGAAGUUGAUGUUGCAUGUUUCAGUUUGUGCAUUCUCAAUUUGAGCAACUGUUGCUUAUUGGAAACAUUGAAGCUUGCUUGUCCAAAAUUAACAAGUCUGUUUCUUCAGUCGUGUAACAUGAAUGAAGCAGCAGUUGAAAUUGCCAUAUCGCAAUGUAGCAUACUUGAGACUCUGGAUGUACGCUUUUGCCCAAAGAUAUGUUCAACGAGUAUGGGGAGGUUACGAUCAGCAUGCCCUAGUUUGAAGCGCAUCUUCAGCAGCCUGACACCUUCAUAAAGACAAGAUAAUUGGAAAUUUUUGAUUGCUUUAGCAUUUUCCAGGCCAGUGGGAUUUAUUUCAUUGAGGUGGUGGCAAGUGGCUUGUUAUGUUUGCCAGGAUCUAGUAUGUGUGAUAUUGUAAAUGGUAUGAUAUUUUCUGUUGCUGUCUUUGAUUUUAUUAUUUGUACCAGAUGUGGCUGUCCUUGUGUAUUUAACACAAAUAAAUGUUAUUCUAUGUUCAUUAUUUGUAAGUUAUCAUUACUAGUUUUCUUCUU